UUAACUGUUAAGAGUAUAACAGUAUGUUAAGUUUGUGAAUGGCAAAUCAAUCGCAAGUCUCAACGAUUUCGAUAAAUAGCAACCUGGCGAGCAACAAAAACCUGGAAAAUUUUUAGGUGAAGUGAAAAUUGCAAAAAAAAAAGUGAAUAAAGUAUAAUAUUUGGAAAACUAUUGUGCAAUUUACGUGGUCGAACAAUGAAUAUGUAUAACUGUCAGGUAUAUCGUUCCAUGGGAGACGCCCCAGCCGGUGGCAUGCCCAACAAUCGCAUGGCCGCAUCUGGCGGAUCCGGUAUGUUUCAGCGUAAUCGGUCCGCUCCAUAUGUUCGCGGCGGAGGAGGCGCUGGAGCUGGCGCCGGAGCUGGAGGCUUUAACGGUGGCCGCAUGAAUGGUGGCCCAGGAAUCCGCAAUGAUCGCGACAAUGGCGGCGGCUUUGGUGGUCAGAACAACAACAACAACAAUCGCACGUCGACUCAUGGCGCUCAUUUGCCGACGAUUGUUUGGUCCGAAGUCUCGCUCACUCCGUUCCGCAAGAACUUUUAUAAGCCAUGCGAUUCGGUGCUGGCUCGCACCCAGGUCGAAACAGAUAGCUUCUUGAGCAGCAACGAGAUCACGAUUAAGGGCAAUGAGGUGCCCACUCCCAGCAUUGAGUUCGAGGAGGGUGGCUUUCCCGACUAUGUCAUGAAUGAGAUACGCAAACAGGGAUUCACGAAGCCCACAGCCAUUCAGGCUCAGGGUAUGCCCAUCGCUCUAAGCGGACGUGAUCUUGUGGCUGUGGCUCAGACCGGCUCUGGCAAGACUCUGGCCUAUGUGCUACCGGCGGUGGUGCACAUCAAUAAUCAGCCGCGCUUGGAGCGCGGAGAUGGACCCAUUGCCUUGGUGCUGGCACCCACACGUGAGCUGGCCCAGCAGAUUCAGCAGGUGGCCAUUGAGUUUGGCUCGAAUACACAGGUGCGCAAUACGUGCAUCUUUGGCGGCGCCCCCAAAGGUCAGCAGGCCCGUGACCUGGAGCGAGGUGUUGAAAUUGUGAUAGCUACACCGGGACGCCUCAUUGAUUUCUUGGAGCGUGGAACGACCACUCUCAAGCGCUGCACCUACUUGGUGCUGGACGAGGCAGAUCGCAUGCUGGACAUGGGCUUUGAGCCUCAGAUCCGUAAAAUAAUGCAACAGAUUCGUCCCGAUCGCCAGGUGCUUAUGUGGUCCGCCACCUGGCCAAAGGAAGUUCGUCAGCUGGCUGAGGAAUUCCUAAACAAUUACAUCCAGGUCAACAUUGGUUCACUCUCGCUGAGCGCCAAUCAUAAUAUACUCCAGAUCGUUGAUGUCUGCGAUGAGUCGGAGAAGAUAGUCAAGCUAAUUCAGCUGCUGACACAAAUCUCUGGCGAGAAUGAGACCAAGACCAUCAUCUUUGUAGAGACCAAGAAGCGUGUGGAUGAGAUAACCCGUAAUAUAUCACGUCAGGGCUGGCGUGCAUGCGCCAUCCAUGGCGACAAGUCGCAGCAGGAGCGUGACUUUGUUCUGUCCAGUUUCCGCAACGGACGACAUUCCAUCUUGGUGGCCACCGAUGUGGCUGCUCGCGGAUUGGACGUUGACGAUGUCAAGUUUGUGAUCAAUUAUGAUUAUCCUUCGAACUCGGAGGACUAUGUGCACCGGAUCGGACGUACCGGUCGCUCCAACAACACGGGCACAGCAUACACCUUGUUCACACACUCGAAUGCCAACAAGGCCAAUGAUUUGAUUCAGGUGCUGCGCGAGGCACAUCAGACCAUUAAUCCCAAGCUGAUGAAUAUGGCGGCAAGUGGUGGCUAUCAGAAGCGCGGCGGAAUGGGCUAUCGGGGCAAUGGUGGCGGCUAUCAAGGACGCAAUCCACAGAUGGGCGGUGGCAACAACUAUCGCAACAACCAAAACAAUAGCAACAAUAUGCAUCGCAAUGGCAACAACAACAGUGGUUACAAUGCCGGUGGUCCACCACGUUACGAUCAGAAGCCUUCACGCAACUCACCGCCCGCCCAGGGUGGUGGCAGCUAUCGUCCACCAGGCGGUGGUUAUCAGCAGGCGCAGCAACAGCCACAACAAGCCAAUGGUGUGCAGUAUUCACGUUUCAAUCCAAAUGCCGCUUGCUUCGAGCCAAAAACUCAGCCACCAACCGUACAGCAGCAACAUCAGCCACCACAUUUGGCCGCAGCUCAGGCAGCAGCCGCUAAUGCAGCAGCCGCAGCAGCUGGCUAUGGUUAUGGUGUUGAACAGAAACGAUCUCGCUUUGCCUUGAACUUUAAUAUGCCACCGCCACCGCUUCCCCAGCAGCAGCAGCAGCCACAACAGCAGCCACAGCCACAACAACAGCAGCAGCAGGUGGUGGCCGGUGGUGCAACAACAGCUAUGCCACAAGCCCAGGCCUACGGACAAUAUACAAGCAUGUCGAGCAGUAUGGCGACGGUAUCCUUGAAUGGAGGCGCUCCCAGCAUACCAGCCAGUGCAUACCGUGCACCAUAUGCGAUGCCGUAUGUGAUGCCGCCACCACCAUUACCCGUACAAAACUAAACAGUAAACGCCAAAUUGUAUGAGCUUAAAUUGUAGGACCUCAGUAUUAGUAGGUCCAAGGUUUUUGCUCUAUUGUAAUUUCCUUUCCUACUCACAGACACUAUACACAUGCACACACAAACACACACAUACUCACACACACUCACACACACUCAAUCUAACAUACAGAAACAAAAAACACAUGAGUAUACUUACGUGCUAGAGACACGCUGAGGUCCCAGACUUGUGUAGAUCUCCUCCGCCCACAUGUUAGCAAUAUAAUAUGGUUUAAAUUGGAAUCAAAUACGCUUACUAUUUGAUGAAUCCCUCUUUUUCGUUUCCAUAAUCAACAAAUAAUCAACUUCAACACAUAGUUGCUAGGCUAGGCUUUGUAUGGCUUAGUCCAAAACAAGGGCACUUACAGGCCCGCUCACUGUUGGCAUUUAGCUUCUUUACCCUAGCGUAUUUGAUUUCUGUAAUAAUUCUCGAAUAUUCUAUUCUAUUCAAUCAAUCUAUAUGAAUGUGCAAAAUUAAUUAUUUGCAAUGCUCCAACUUAUAACAAAAUAAUACGACACGGACACACAGACAAACAAAUGUCAAUUUAUUAGAAUCAAAUGAAUAUUAAACCAUAUUAUGUAACUAGUCUAAUUAAUUGCUUAGCUGGAACAUACACAAAAACUACCACAACAUCAACCACAACAACAACAAAAUAAUUAAUGAAAUGAAUGUACAAUUCCAUUUAAUGUAAACAUAUGAAUUGAUUUACAAACUAUGAAUAAAGGAAUUAAUUAGACGUC